AUGCAAAGUCAAGAAUUAGGCAUGAAACCAAUUCCUAAUUUUUACAUGUUACAAGAAGAUUGCCUGAUUGUAGAACAAUGGCCUCAGAAUGUGAAAAUGGAGAAAUGCAAAGUCGAAGUCAUUGUUGAUGUAUUAUGUGCUACUGCUGUACUAAGAGGAGCGCAUGUAUUUGCACCUGGAGUUCUGGGACUACCAAGCAAUUGUACAUUAGGUGAAAGAGUUGAGGUUUAUGGUGAUUUGGAUGGUCGUUGCAAUAGGGGACUUAAAGUGCCUUAUACUGGGAAAAAAAUAUAUGUUGGAACUGGUUAUUUGAAAAUGCUUCGUCAUGAUUUAUUUGACAAUGGUGCUCUGCCUAGUGGUAUCGCUGUUUCCAUGCUACUACCAGCAUCAAGGAUACCUGUUAUAAAUGAGACAAUAUAUCCUCAGGGUCAUAUUUUGUUACAAAAUCUUCCAUCUAUUGUAGUUGGUUGGGUAAUAAAUGCUCAACCCAAUGAGCUUAUUCUUGACAUGUGUGCUGCUCCAGGUAAUAAAACUACACACUUAGGUGAAAUGUCAGCCAAUCAGGCUCAUAUUAUAGCCAUGGAUAAAAUAAAACAAAGAACUGAUAAAGUAGAUAAAAAUUGUCAAGUUCACGGAUUAAAUUGUGUUAAAGUAUUUUGUUAUGAUUCAACUAAAUGUUAUGUUGAAAAUAAGGAUGAAAUUGAUGCAAUUGAGGAUCGAACAAUAAAACCUCCAUUUAAAUUAAAUACUUUUGACAAAGUACUUUUAGAUGCACCUUGUAGUGGUUUGGGACAACGGCCGCAAUUAGUAAAUAAAAUUUCACCAAAGAUGUUGGAGUCCUAUAAAUUUAUACAGCAAAAACUGUUUAAUGCGGCUGUCAAGGUAUUGAAAGUUGAUGGAAUACUCGUAUAUAGUACUUGCACAAUUACCGAAGAAGAAAAUGAAAGAAUGGUUUCUUGGGUCCUUCGAAAAUUCUCAGGUUUAGAGUUGGUUCCUGCAGAACCUCUUUUAGGAGGACCUGGUUUACCUAAUACUGGGUUAACGGAUGAACAAAGACUUAUGGUACAACGGUUUGGCCCCGAAAAUGACCCUAUAAGGCCUGUUAAAGACAUUUACAAAAACAGCAUAGGAUUUUUUAUUGCAAAAUUUAUAAAAAGAAAA